UCCCUAAAGGGGGACGCAUGGAGGUGGCGCAGCUCUCGUCGGUGGGCCCUCUAACUGACCCACAGAGCCACCGGGUUCCUCAAGAGGACGACAGCACGCCAGAAUCAGUUUUUAAUCUGGUAGUUCAGUGUGUGCAAAUCGUCAAACGAGAACCACACGAGUCCCACCUAGAGUACUGCGGAGCUGUGAAGUACAUGUGAGGAGGAAAAUCUGCUGAGUUUUGGUGUCCUGGAGCAAGGAUGGGAGAAAAGCAGUCAGUGCCCGAAGAUCUGGAGCGAUCGCUGGAGGUGCUGUCGACAGUUAGUGAUGACAUCCUACAGAGGGAAGACGGUCCUCUGUGUGCGGCGGAAAUCGGCUCUGAACUCCAGAAACAGUUUGCUAUCCUGCCAGGGGGCCGCGGGAUGAACGGUAGCCCCGUCAUCGUCUUCCCAGAAUUCCCAGCUUUCAGCGAGCUGGAGGAGGAGGAGGUCCAAAACGUCCUCGGCUACCUCACCAGCAUCCCCAGCGUUGCAGCAUCGGGAGUGGGUUUCAUCCUGAUCAUCGACAGACGGCUGGACCGAUGGGCUGCUGUCAGGGCUACCCUGCUCCGCAUCGCAGGCUCGUUUCCAGGGAACUUGCACUUGGUUCUGGUGUUGCGUCCCACUACUUUGUUCCAGCGGACUCUAUCAGACUUCCUGUUCAAGUUCAACAAGGAUGAGUUCAAAAUGAAGGUGGUGAUGCUGAGUUCGGUGACUGAGCUCCAUGCUUAUAUCGACCCUGGACAACUGACCACAGAACUGGGAGGCACACAGGAAUACUGCCAUGACAGCUGGAUCUCGCACCGCACUGCAAUCGAGGCAUUCGCCCUCAUGGUGAAGACCACGGCUCAGACUCUGCAGGCGUUCGGCACUGAGCUCGCAGAGACAGAGUUACCCAAUGAUGCCGAGGCCACCACCAACCUGCUGCACACACACACUCUGAAGAAGGAUAAAAUGAAGGAGGACCUCCAGGUGGCGCUGUCUCAAGGGAGACGCCUGUUGGACUGUAUCAACGAGCCUCUACAGGCAGACCCUGAAUACAACAUGACCCAUGAUGAACAGGAGAACUUAGCUACUGUACAGAGACUCCUGGGUCAGCUGGACGAAACAGAGACAGCGUUCGAUGAUUUCUGGGAGCGUCACCACACUAAACUGGAACAGUGUUUGCAGCUGCGCCACUUUGAGCACCACUUCCGUGAAGUGCGUGCCCAGCUUGACGUGACAUCAGAGAGGCUCUCGGGAUUCUCUGAGGUCAGCGUAAGCCCCGCCCACGCUGAGCACGUCCUGCGAGAGCUGAGCGGCCAUGAGGACAAGGCCUGUGACGUAGUAGACCGUGCCCUGUCCCUGGCCUGUGAAGGGGACAGGCUGAUAGAAAACUCGCACUACGCCGAGGACUCCAUCAGGCCAAAGUGCAUCGAGCUGAGAGUGGUGUGCGAGGAGAUCAGCUCCACUCUGAGGAGCAAGAAGAACCUUCUGCUCAGGGCGAUGGAACUGCACCACGCUCUGGAGAAGGCGUCACGGUGGUGUGAGGACGGCAUCUUCCUGUUGGCCAGCCAGCCAGUGGACCGCUGUCAGUCUCAGGACGGAGCUGAAGCAGCUCUGCAAGAGCUGGAGCGAUACCUGGACACGGCCCCGCUACACACCAUCACUGACCGCAGCGCCAUCUGCUGCCAGUACGAGGCGGUGCUCACUACUCAGCUCAGGGACCAGGUGGAGAGAGUUUUCCAGAAGCAAUGCUCUGUCCAGGAGAUGUUCGAGAAGAGACGCAUCAGCUUGAAGAAACUCGCCGCCAAACAGACCAGACCAGUCCAGCCAGUAGCACCAAGACCUGAAGUGAAGUCUCCACACUCCUCUCCCACUCAGCAGAGAAAAGAGAGAAGAUACUCUGCAGAUAAUGCCAUCUGCAAAAGGGUGGAGUCUCCCAUACAUAAUGGCAGCACCAGACAUGCCUCUCUGUCAGAAGAAGAAGAAAACCUGGCAGUACUUCGGCGUCAUGUGAUGAAUGAGCUGCUGGAGACGGAGAGAGCGUAUGUGGAGGAGCUCCUGUGUGUGCUGGAGGGCUAUGCAGCAGAGAUGGACAACCCUGCCAUGGCUCACCUCAUCCCCAGCACCCUGCUCAGCAAGAAGGACAUCCUGUUUGGCAACAUGUCUGAAAUCUACCAGUUUCAUAAGAGGACGUUUCUAAAGGAACUGGAAGCGUACACUGACUGCCCAGAACUGGUGGGCCGCUGCUUUUUAGAGCAGAUGAAGGACCUGCAGAUCUACGAGGCUUACUGCCAGAAUAAACCUCGCUCCGAGAGCCUGUGGAGACAGUGCUCCGACUGUGCCUUCUUCCAGGAGUGCCAGAAGAAGCUGGACCAUAAACUUGGUUUGGACUCCUACCUCCUUAAACCUGUCCAGAGAAUCACCAAGUACCAGCUACUGCUUAAGGAGUUGUUGAAGUACAGUAAAGGCUGCGAUGGCUGUGAUGACCUACAGGAAGCUCUCUCCUCUAUUCUGGGGAUCCUGAAAGCCGUUAAUGACUCCAUGCACCUCAUCGCCAUCACGGGAUACGAGGGUAACCUGUCAGAGCUGGGUCGUCUGCUGAUGCAAGGCUCCUUCAGCGUGUGGACAGAGCACAAAAAGGGUCACGCCAAGGUCAAGGACCUGGCCCGGUUUAAGCCCAUGCAGAGGCACCUGUUUUUGCACGAGAAGGCCCUGCUCUUCUGUAAGAGGAGAGAGGAGAACGGGGAGGGCUACGAGAAGGCUCCAUCUUACAGCUUCAAACACUCCCUCAGUAUGAGUGCCGUGGGCAUAACAGAGAAUGCUAAAGGAGACAACAAGAAGUUUGAGAUCUGGUGUAACUCCAGAGAAGAAGUUUUUAUAGUCCAGGCUCCAACGGCGGAGAUUAAAACAGCAUGGGUGAAUGAGAUCCGCAAAGUUCUGACCCAACAGCUCAAAGCCUGCAGAGAUGCCAGUCAGCAGAAGAACUUCGACUCUGUUUCCCUGAGUCCCACCAGCAACAACACCUCCAUGUCACUCAGUCCCUUCCGCAGCAGUGGUCAGAAGAACCAGAAGAAGCAAGAUGAAAAGAAGGCAGAGCCAAGCCCGACCUCCGAAGCCAACUCCUCUUCCUCACCGAAACAAAAAGGCUGGAGCAAGGCAUCUCUCUCCGUGGAUGCCUCAGAGGAGAAUGACGGGUACUCCAGCGGCGAGGACCCCAUUAACUCUGACCCUGAGGAUGAAGUAGGAAAGAAGCUGGCUCCAGGAAAGUACACUGUGGUCGCAGACUGCGAGAAGGCAGGACCUCAGGAACUGUCGGUCAAGAGUGGAGACGUGGUCCAGCUAAUCAGAGAAGGAGAGGACGGACAGUGGUUUGUGAGGAACCUUCGCAGCAGCAAGGAGGGUUGGGUGGCAGCGGCAAACCUCCUCAGCCUCAUCUCAGAGUCCAAGUCAUCCCAGUCACUCAGCAGCUCAGCCCCACCGAGGCAUGUGACAGUAGCCACUUCUCUACAGGCAGGGCUAACCAGGGCCCAGACCUGCUCAACGUGUUUGCACCACCAGCCCAAGAGGAAUAUUUUGUUUACCUGACACCACAACGUAGCUGCGUAAUCGUCACGGUGGAGUAACAAGUUGCAAAAAAAAAAACACCCAAAAACAAAAGACAAAAGUCUGACUUUUGGCGUACAUUACUCAGCAGGGGCAGUGAGUAAGCCAAGCCCUGAUUGUCCCUGUUUGGUCUCAUACAGGGACAAUCCUGAUACAGGUUGAUAGCACACCUCUGACAACCAGCUGCUGUGACACACCUCUUCACAUACACACACACACACACACACACAGGGAACCUGUGCUAUUCUGAACACUGAAUGACAACUUUUUCUUUCCUUGUUUUUCAAGGGUGAACAUAUUUUUUUUUUUUAAUAUCCCAAGAUUUCUACUGUAUCCACAAGGUGCACUAUAAAACAAUCUCUUCCUUUUUUUCCAUCCUUAAUGUUGAAUGUCUGACAGAAAGAUACCAAGUGCAGCAUGUUGUUGCACUAAAACCAGACGCACCCAUCUAUUACCGAGAAUGAGCUGUAUUUGUCCACGGGCUUAACAAAGCCAUGUUUAAUACCGCUGUGGUUUUUUUAAAACCGGCCCGAGCUAUGAGUAGUGCUCUUCAUUAUUUUCUUACGCUCUUUCUGUUGAGAACCGCUCAAAAGCUUUUUUUUACUCAAAUCACAAAAUGCAUGUCCUACCUGUGAAAGGAAAGGUUCUUCUCCAGAAAAAAGAGAGUUUACAGAUCUUUCUGUCUCAAACCGUGAGCUAAACCAGAGAGUGAACUGUGGCUGGCAUUGUGUGUUGAUCCAUGUAAGUUCUGUAAGAGUGACAAAUGUAUGUUACACUUGUACAGAUGUGUCCUCUCUAUACCUCACUUUGUUUUCAUUGAGAGCAUGUACAUUGUGAAGAGGAUCAUGGUUUUUGUGAGUCUCCGUAUAUCGACAUUCUUCGUGGCAUGUUUUUCAUGGGCGCCAAUUGAUAACCUCUCAUGUCAAAGUCCUGAACGGCGCAAGUACUUUUUACCAGGCACUGUUGUAUAUUGUGAGAGUUUAUUUUCUGCCCUCUUAUGAAAGCUGACAUGGGCACUAAACUUGUCAGUGUUUGACCGUGAUCACACAAUAAAAGCUUAUUGGGUUAUUUGUACUUUUUACUCGGAGGGUGGAGAGAUGACAAGCGUUAUAUUUUUUAGUUUCUUUUUAUGCAGCACAUUGCAGCAACCACUGUCUUUAUUUUCCUAUUGUAUAUCUACUGAGUAUGGUGUUGAUAUAAAGAUAUUAUAAUGAGACAUAUCUGUGUAUAUUUGUAAAUAUGUAAUUCUGAAUUGUAUGUAAAAUGAAAAGCAGCUUUAAUAAAGUCUGACAUGGUUUCCUCUA